AACUAGAAUCAAGAAAGGUCGUGGAAGGACAAUGGGAAAAGGUCUUGAGAAAAUGAAGAAGUCUAUAGGAAAAAAGAUGGUUAUAGAAAUCCCAGUUGGUAAAGGAAGGCCAGUUGAGGCAAUUCCAUCAGCAAAGCUAUCAAAUGAGUUAGGAAUUAUUGCUCGCAACUUUCUUUCGCUUCCAAACAAGUGGAAGGAACUCACAAGAGAGGAUAAGGAUGCAUCAUUAAUUAGAUGCCAUGAGAAGUUUGAAAUUAACUUGGACGAGCAUUACACCGAAGAUAGUUGUGAGGAUAUUCUGAAAAUAGAAGCCGACAAUGGCGCUACAAAUUAAAAAAGCUAUUUGAAAGUGCAAGCUUCGAGGAAGAGGCUCGUAAAAUUGAAGUGCCAGAGUUGACCCCGGAAAAUUAGAAUAGGCUCUGUGACAUGUGGGCGAAUCUAGAGCAUAAGGUAAUAUUAGUACUACUUCCAUCAUAAGUCGCCAUUUAAUAUUAGGGUAUCGUUUUCUUUUUCAAGAACUAAUAGAAGGUUCGGGGAAAGAGAUGAUAUUGAAUUGGAUUAAGGUAGCCAUUUAAGAAAGGGAAGAUUUUAGGGAUUACAGAUUGAGGAGGCUGAAAAUUGGUGGUGUAAACUGUAUUGGGAAAAUUGAGUUUACAUAUUAAAGUGAUUGGAAGAUGAUGUGUCAUGACACGUAGACUGGUCAAAGAGUUAUAAUUGGCAAAGAGGCACGAGUUGCAACAGAUACGAGCAGAAGCAUAAGAGGAGGCACGAGCGGAUACUCAAGAGAUUCAACGCCCGUACCUAUUUAAGUUCAAGAAUCAAGGAGAAUGAAUCUGACAGCACAAAAGAGUACAGAUACAAUAUUUAAUGAGCAUUAAAUACUAAAAAUGUUAGAGAAUCUGUAUUAAAAUACAAUGAUUAUGU